AUGUCAACGCGGUUCAUUUUCGCCGAUUUGGAGAUCCACAGUAGAUGCUCCCCUUCUGUUGCCUCAAAGAGUGACAUUGAGGCGAUGAUCUCACCCAGUAAGGCGGUCAAACUUAUUGAUCCGCCCAUCAAUCGAUUGUGUCAUUACUGCCACUGUCGCCACCGUGUUAAAGUCAUGAGGGAGGUAAUCUCUAUCCACGUUGGUCAAUGUGGCGUACAAAUUGGGAAUGCGGUUUGGGAGCUCUACUGUGCCGAGCACGCAGUCUCCAACGAGGGCUCCUUGUUUGAGCAGCCUCAUGAAUUGGAGUGGGUGGAGACCUUCUUCAACAUCUCCGAACAAGGUCGCUAUGUUCCACGAUGCCUGUUCGUAGAUCUCGAGGCCUCAGUUAUCGAUGAAGUUCGAGUUGGUCCUUGGCGUAAACUCUUCCAUCCGGAUAAGUUAAUUACGGGAUACGAGGAUGCCUCCAACAACUUUGCUCGUGGAUACUUCACCAUCGGAAAGGUGCUGCUCUCUCCAGUCCUGAAUGAAGUUAGACGUACCAUUGAACAGUGUGACAGUCUUCAAGGCAUUCUCUUUUUCCGCAGUCUUGGGGGUGGUACAGGGGCCGGUUUGACUGCAGCUCUGUUGGAUGUUCUUGGAGACUAUCGAAAGUACACUAAAGUGGAAAUACCUAUCUAUCCAUCACCUUCUCUGUCCACGGCUUUGAUUGAACCCUACAACUGCCUUUUGGGCGAACAUUUCACCAUGGAGGACUUCAACAUUGGCCUUCUUAUGGACAAUGAGGCUAUGUACGAUGUGUGCUCCCGCUUCCUCUCGUCCAGCUACACCACCUAUACAAAGAUCAACCGACUGGCUGCUAUUGUCUGUAGUGCGGUUACUGCUUCUCUACGUUUCAAGAAUGUUCUCACUUCGGAUCUCAAUGUGAUGCAGACCAAUCUCAUCCCCUAUCCACGCAUUCACUUUCCUUUGGCCAAUUUCGCACCUAUCCAAUCAACCGAGAAAACCGCCUAUGAGCCCUCCAAGGUGGUGGAGAUAACUCGUGCUGUAUUUGAACGGGAGAACCAGUUGAUAAAGAUUGAUCCCACCUAUGGGAAAUUUAUGUCCUGCACGCUGCUAUAUCGAGGCAAUGUCAGUCCUGGACAAGUUUAUGUAGCUCUAGCAGAGAUGAAAAGUUGUCGAGGCUUGGAAUUUGUGGAUUGGUGUCCUACUGGUUUUAAGGUGAGCAUUACAAGUGAGACUCCGGUUACUCGAUGUGACAGUGGAAUUGGUCAAACCAGUCGAAAUGUUGUUAUGUUGGCCAAUAAUUCGGCUGUUGGACAAGCAUGGCAACGGAUAGUGCAUAAAUACUAUAUGCUCUACUCCAAACGCGCCUUUGUCCACUGGUAUGUGGGUGAGGGUAUGGAGGAGGAUGAAUUCAAUGAAGCCCUUGUCAACAUGACCUCCUUGGUACGAGACUACGAGGAGGUGGCAAGAGACUCUGCCGACACUCAAUUGGGUGCUCCAAACUCCACGAUGCCUCCUGAGAGGGACAAACUGACAGACAGACAGAGAAAGCCUUAG